GUUGUCUGAGGCGGCCGGCGCGCGGGCCGCUGAGGCGCCCGUGAGGAGAAGCUGAGGAGACGCUGAGGGGGCGGGAAAGAGCGAGCCCGCCGCCCCGCCGCCGCCGCCGCCGCCGCCGCCGCCAUGGUGGAGAAGGAAGAGGUCGGCGGCAUCAGCGAGGAGGAGGCGGCGCAGUACGACCGGCAGAUCCGCCUCUGGGGGCUGGAGGCGCAGAAACGGUUGCGGGCCUCCCGGGUGCUCCUUGUUGGCAUGAAAGGACUUGGGGCAGAAGUGGCCAAGAAUCUCAUCUUGGCAGGCGUUAAAGGGCUGACCAUGUUGGAUCAUCAGCAGGUGACACCGGAAGACACUGGAGCACAAUUCUUGAUUCCCACCGGAUCCUCUGGUCGCAAUCGGGCGGAAGCCUCUCUGGAACGAGCCCAGAACCUCAACCCAAUGGUGGAUGUGAAGGUGGACACCGAUCUCCUAGAAAAUAAGCCCGAAACCUUCUUCACCCAGUUCGACGCGGUCUGUCUGACGUGCUGCUCCAGGGAUGUCCUGAUUAAGAUUGACCAAAUCUGCCACAAAAAUAGCAUCAAGUUCUUUGCCGGAGACGUGUUUGGCUACCACGGAUACAUGUUCGCCAAUCUUGGAGAGCACGAAUUUGUGGAGGAGAAAACCAAAGUCACCAAAGCUGGCCAAGGUGUGGAAGACGGACCGGACACCAAAAAAGCCAAGAUGGAUUCGACUGAGACAACAAUGGUAAAAAGGAAAGUGGUCUUCUGCCCGUUAAAGGAGGCUCUGGAGGUGGAUUGGAGCAGUGACAAAGCAAAGAGCCUGCUGAAGCGGACCACUUCCGAUUAUUUUCUGCUUCAAGUGCUCCUGAAAUUCCGUACGGAUAAGGGGAGAGACCCCCAGUCGGACACCUCCGGGGAAGAUUCGGAGCUGUUGCUCCAGAUCCGGAAUGAUUUGCUCGAGUCCCUCGGAGUCAGCCCGGAUGUGCUCCCUGAUGACUUUCCCAGCUGCUGCCUCUCUGAGAUGGCUCCAGUGUGUGCCGUUGUUGGCGGAGUGUUGGGUCAGGAAGUCGUCAAGGCCCUGUCUCAGAGAGACCCACCGCACACCAACUUCUUCUUUUUCGAUGGCAUCCGGGGCAGUGGAAUCGUCGAAUGCCUGGGUCCAAAGUGACCUCAGGGCAGGGAGCGCCACAGCCGGGAGACUCUGGUGUCAGCUUCCCCUCCCUCUGCUGGGAUUCGGGAGAAGAGGAAGACGUGCCAGUGGAGACCUGCUUCCCAGUCUCAUCCCGUCGUCGUCCCCAAACACAUACCCACACACACACACACACACACACACACAAAUUCUCAUUCUCCCUCUCUUUCUCUCUCUCACCCAUUACUACCACUGCCCCUUGCAGGCCUUUCAGAAUGUGGGUCCAGAAGCCUUGAGGGUUCUAACCCAGGCACAGUUUCUGACUGUUUGCUGUCAUCAAGUCCCCAGUCCUUCCCAAGCCCCCCAAAAUGCAGCUCACUGCAAAGAACCCGUCGAGUUCCCCUGCCAUCCAUCGUCUACUGCCUACUUCGUCCCCACUAUGGUGAAGGACAGGAGUGCCACUGCCGGGCAGUGGAUGAGGGGCCGGAAGAAGCACUGCGGAAGGAAAUUUGAGUUUUCCAGCGGCAGUUAGUUUUAGAAUCCGGACCCCUGGCACAGGGCACUGUCGGGAGUCUCCAGAUUACCCAGGGUUUCCUGCCUUGGGCCCGGGGAGCCAGCGCCCAGGCCGUCUUGUCCAGUCAGGAAGCUCACGGAGACUGAGGCUGCGACCCAGUUGUCUGAAGUCUCACGAAGAGCGUGGUGGAGGAGAACGUCAGCCCCUGUUGAUACACACUCCUACUGUGAGUCCUGCAGCCCAGGCACCCUCACUGGCAUGGUUGUCUACGGAGUCGUUGUGCCCUCUGUCCUCUGGUGUCCGAGAACAGCAGCUGUCGGGUUCCUGUUUGUUCUCCACGGGUCCCUUAAGGAAUAAAAGUGAAGUUGUUUUUUC